GGAGAGAGGGACGGACGGUACGUUGCCAUUUUUGGUCCCCCAUGCGGAACCCUGAGGCGAGCAGGAGGGCUUGUCAGCAUGCCAGGGUUCGAGUUAGAGCCGGUGGCCGGGGGUUGUCCUGUGACGCUGCCCCCCGGCGAAACAGUGAUAGGAAGAGGUGCCCUGUUGGGAGUUACAGAUAAGAGAGUAUCCAGGAAGCAUGCUAUUCUGAAAGUGGAUGGUGACCAGCUUAGCAUUAAACCGGUUCAUGUAAACCCUUGCUUUUAUCAGCCAAAUAAAAAUGGCCAGCUGUUGCCACUGGACACAAAUAAAUGGCACCGAUUGAGCCCAGGUGAUAAUUUUUCGCUAUUAGUAGACAAAUAUGCCUUCAGAGUUAUCUUCACUCCAUCAGAGGUGAAAAGUCUGCUAAGGAAAAGUUGUAAUCCCUCUGUAGAAGAUGGAACAAGUCAAACUCCCUCAACACUUCAGCCAACUAAGAUGCCUUGUCAACAGCCUUCAGAACAGCAAAUAGCCUCUUCUAUCAGCAGCCAACUUCUGGAAGUACAUUCCGUGUUAGAAAAAGCAGCUGAAAUUCCAAAGAAGUCUUUCCAGUUUUCUGCUAGCAUUUCUGAAAAUGAAAAAACAAGGCCUACUCAGAGGAAAAGAGUGCUUCCAGAAUGGAUGUUGCAAGCAAACCUAAUGGUUCAAAGUCCAUCAAUUUCAGUUCCUGGAAGAGGAAAUAAUGAAGAAACAAAUAAACCAUCAAGGAAAAAACAGAAAAGGAGUGCAAGUGAAGAUGUUGCAGUUGCUGCACAGGAUGUACAGGUGGUAUCUACUGAACCUGUUCUGGAAAACCUUGAAAAGAAUGAAAACAAAAUAGUGCCUCAAAGAGCUGGAAGUUCUAAGGGGCAACAUAAUCAUCAGCUUGAAAAUGAGGAACUGGACCUUGACCUGGAGGAACAGGCUUGUCAGCCCUCUGAGACGGCUGCAAGAAAUACAGGGAAAAACAAAUUGGACAAUGUUAGCUUUACAACUAAGCAAGCUCAUCAGGACAACACGUCACAAUCUUUUCUUCACCAGAGUAAGAUUCAAGAACAUAUUCUAAAUCAGGCUUCCGAAGCAGACACUUCUAAUUUAACUGAAGGUCAAAAUGUACCACAAAGCUCUAAUGUAGCCAGACAUCAGAGGACAGCCUGCCGGUAUGGGAAAAGCUGCUACAGGAAGAAUCCCAUACAUCUUCAGGAGUUCAGUCACCCUGGUGAUAGCGAUUAUUGUGACACAGAAACUUUAUCUCAAAUUGACAAUGAUAACAGACCUGAAUGUCCUUAUGGAACUGCUUGUUACAGGAAAAAUCCACAGCACAAGCUGGAGUACAAACACACAGCACCCCCAGAAUCUGAGAGAAGGCAGACGAGACAGAGGGUUGUUAAAAAAGGAAGGGGUGCUUUAGAGGAUGAUGAUGAUGGUGGUGAGCCCAAUGAAUAUGACCUAAAUGACAGCUUCAUAGAUGAUGAAGAGGAAGAGGACUGUGACCCUACUGAUGAGGAUUCUGACUGGGAGCCUGAUUCUCAAGAAAAAGAUGAUGAAGAUGUUGACACACUGCUGGAAGAAGCAGAGAAUUUUGUUAAAACCAAGAAGUGAUUUUAUCCUAAUAGGCAAGCUUUGAUGAAAGUUAAAAGUACAAAUUUUGUGAAAACCCAUGAAACUCAUUAAGUAUGUCCCUCUAACCUUUAAAUCAAAGUGAUUUCAAUUUUAUGUAACUAUACCUAAAAGUACCCCUUUAAAUGGGGAAACACUACAUGGAAGAUAGUUGUAAUACUUACUUGGGACAAAUGUUUAUACUUGAGACCCAAAUGAAGAAGAAAUACUCUGGUCACAAUCUGGCCAAAGUCAAGCACUUUGAAGUUUGGUUCAGCUUUAAUAGGGAGAGUUAAAAUGCUUGACACCUCCAUUGAAGUGAAAGUGAUGAAUACUGCAUUGUGACCAGUCUAUCCUUGGUAUUUUCCUUUCUCAAAGCCAAGCCUUUACCUCAUGAAAUUGGAUCAUGUAUGUAAAUCUUAAAAAUGCAAGUCCUCCACAGCUGAUAAUGUCAAAAGGAAGACCUUGAGCACUACAGCCAAAUACACAGUACUGCUGAUUUUUUGUAAGAUGUGUUGUGCCAGAUAUGGUUGUGGGGCAUACGAGUAAAUGGGAAAGUUUUUAUUUGUAUUACUGAAGUUUGUAAUAGGGUUCAUUUUAAAUGAACAUUGCAUUGCAUAACAAUUCUAGAUUGACAAUUAAACCAGUUUGGAUUUUGGUUCAUUUAUAUAUAUAUAUAGUCAGACUGGUAAACAAUUACUGUCUUUCAUUACUUGUAAUUCUCCAUCUGGCACUACAAAUAGGAUUCUUUCUAUUUGAGGAAAAUGUUUAUAAAUUUAUGCUGAAAGGCAAUUAUGUUUCGAUCUCUUUCCAGUUUUUCUGAAAGUCACUCUACACCAUGACAUUCUGUUGGCUUGUGCUGAAACAUAAAUUUCAAAUGACUUGCCUUGACAAGGGUUUGUUUAUAAAAUGUCUGAUUUGCACCUUCAGAUGCAAAGUACAGAUACAUUAAGCAUGGAAAUUGCUUUUUAAGGGAAAUAUUCAGCAUUUGCCCUUUGGUGGAUAGCCAUAUGGCAGCACCUGUUCACUAACAACCAUUGCAGUGCUUUUUUUAAGAUUCCACAAUUUUGCUGCAGGACUUAGACAGCUACGAAUCUGUUGUCUUAAGAUCAAGGUGAUCCAUCUUUCAUGGUUUUUUGCAACUUGGGGAAGGUGUGCUGUAGGACUACCCUAGUUCCCUUGUUCAGAGUGAUUAGCACUGAAUUAAACAACUGGACUAGUUCUGUGCUGUGCUUCCCAGUCAAAGUGAGACCAGCGCUAUGCUCUCAUUGCCUCCCACAAAUUGGGAAAAGAAAUGGUAUAGUCCUGGAGACCCAGGAGAGAGUGAUGGUAUAGUGCUGGAGUUUUUAAUGGAAGGGAGGGCACCAGAAGGUGGCAAAGUCUUUUCUCUGAGGAUGAGGAAGGUCAAGAAAAAAGAGGAGGUCAGAAGGUAUCAGGAAAUCCCCGAUUAACUAUUCCAAGGUGUUUUAAGGUGGCAUACUUUUAAGGGGUUGUGAGGAAUGCAGAAAACUCGGGCUAAGCAGUGGUAUUCAGCAGUCCCUUGACCUUAUCCCAUGAAUGGCUCCUUAGUUAGAAACAUUUACAAAAAUAUUAGUGAUUAACUAUUUCUGUCCAGCCCUAUUCCCCCCCCUCCCCUUUGAGUGUUAGUAUUUUUUGAGUGCAGGGAAUGCUUCAGGUUCUUAAAAUUAAUUGCUUAAGUGUAGUAUACAGCACAAAAGUGUUUAAGCCCUGCUAUAUGAAAAGCACAUAAAUCUUGAAAAAUACAUGCACUAGAUGAAAAAGAAUGUCUAGGAAAUUAGCUCAUUGAAAUUCUGAGGAUAAAAGUAAUGUAAGUCCAAUUUUGGCAAAA